GUUUACAGGACGGGGGCCUGGAGGUGUUGUGCUGUGGCGGUAUUGUUGCGGUUAUUAGGGCUGCGGUGGGCGGUUAUUGAGAUUUCAGUUUUUUAUGUUUAUGUUAGUUAUGGCUCAUAAUGACCAGUCAGCUGUCAAGAAGACUAAGGCUACGCAUGGCAUAUGAGGCAGCUUCGCAAAAGGCGACAGUGCAGCCAGCUGGUCAGCACAGUAUCGGUUUACGGCACCCAAGACCGAGCAAGAUUGGGUGUCACGGCAACACCAUCCACUGUCAUACGGUGGAUCACAAAGUACUGCGAUGGUUCUGCUGUUGAUUGGUCAGAUGUUUUGAUCUCAAGACAGCUAGGACUGCGCCACAUUGUGCGACAUCUGCUGUGACAGCUGUCGGCUUGGGCAGCGGCAGCUGGGGCAGGCAACCCUCGCAAGGUCGUCCAUUACUUACCUCAGAACUUGAGGUGCACCGAAUACCUGAUUUCUUCUACUAAAACUUUGUCACGUCGCCCGGAGUUCGGCCUGGCUCACGUCCGCCCGCUGACGCCACCGUACGGCCGUGACGUCACCAGCGGGCCGGUGACGUCAGAUGUCGUCGGCAGCCAUGGCGUCGAGUUCGGUCAGUCAGGAGGACGUGGAGAACGACUUUGAGAAGUCGUCGCGCCGCUCGCGGAUCCGGAUGGCGCGCGGUCGGGACGUGCGCGGACACCAGGCGGCCGCUGCCUCCAGCAGACUGGCCGGGGAGUCGGUGGUGGAGCACGACGAUGGCGCCGAGGCCGCGACCGCUCGACGCCUCCGGCUACUCAGGCGACCACGACGCCAGCCCGAAGCUGGCCGUGCGCGCCAAGGACAAGCGUCCGACCAGGCCCAGCCACAUGAAUAAAGGCAAGCAGCAGCGGGACCGCAGGAAGCUCAGGGAAAAGCGGCGCAGCACUGGCGUCGUCCACAUGCCCUCCACUGAAGUCAGCUCGACAGGUGGCAGCACAAACGAGGAGGACGAUGAUCAGGCGCUAGCGCAGGGCAUGUGCGCCGAGACGCGACGCAACACGCAGCACAACGAGUUCACGGACCCGGCGGGCGGCAUGGUUGGUGUCGAUCCUUCUGCCAGGCCCCUCCAGAAGCCGUUCAGAAAUAAGAGUCCGUCGGACUUGGACGCGGACGACGAGGAUAACCAGGCGGGCGGCUCACAGGGCUGGGUGGGCCCGGGCGGCCAGGCCCUGCGGUCCUGCGCCCCUACCACCGCCCUCUCCCACCAGCUGAUGGAGCUACCGGCAUCAGUGGAUAUGAUGCCCACGGGCAUGAACAUUAUUGUGAAAGAGGAGUGGGAACGCCAGUCACCUGCCUCCAUGAAUGGCAGCCAGCAGGAUAACUGUCCAGAUGUGCUGUCCGCACUUGGCAUAAAGAUCAACCAGUCCAGCCCACUGCAGCUCGGCAUGAUGGCCGUGAUCAAUGAGCCUGACUGCGCCCUGCUGGUGCACGACUCGAACCUGACCCCAGCGCAGCUGCAGCCAGCGCCCGAGCCGUGUCGCUGCGACCUCUGCGGUAAGGUGCUCUCGUGCGCGGCCAGCCUGCGCCGCCACCAGGUGACGCACUCGUCGGCGCGGCCGCACGCGUGCGAUCAGUGCGGCCGCGCCUUCUCCACGGCCGCCUACCUGACAACGCAUCGGCGCACGCACUCGGCCGCGCGCCCACACACCUGCUCCAUCUGCCACAAGGGCUUCACGCGCUCCACCGGCCUGCAUCGGCACAUGGAGCUGCACCUGGAGGGCAGCGCGCCGCCACGCCGCCGCUCCCAGUCGCCGGCGCAGUGUGCCGUGUGCGGCAAGCACUUCACGCGUGCGCUCAGCGUGAAGGCGCAUAUGCGGAUCCACACGGGUGAGCGGCCGCACAAGUGCGAGCUCUGCGACAAGGCCUUCAAGAACUCGUCCCACUUGAAGGUGCACAGCCGCACGCAUAGCAAGGAGCGCCGCCACACGUGCGACCUAUGCGGCAAGGGCUUCGCCGAGUCAAGCAGUCUGCGCCGGCACAUGCUGGUGCACACGGGCGCGCGGCCUUACGAGUGUGACAUCUGCGGCAAGGAGAUGCGAUACCUCUCACACCUGAAGGCACACCGCCGCAAACACACUGGCGAGACACCGUACCAGUGCAACAUCUGCGGCCAGCUGUUCCGGCUCUACCAGACGUACCGGCUGCAUGUGCGCAAGCACAACGGCCAGCUUCCGACGUGCACCGCGUGCGGCAAGGCGUUCAGCAACCGGGCGCGGCUGGAGGAGCACUCGCAAAUGCACUCCGGCCUGGCGCAGCCGGCGGCCGUCCAGUGCGCGGUGGACAGCGGCGCGCAGGUGCACGCCGGCGACCUCUAGUGGGCGGCGUCCGAGGCGGCGUGCAGGCCGCUCAGGCGGCGGCGGAGGAGAGCGACGGGUGGGGACCGGGGGCAUGCGGCGGCGGCGCGGAAGAGAACCGUCUCCGGCUCUGACAGACGAUGUGUGGUAGGUCUGAAGCAGAGCAGCCCGGCCGAAACUGUGCAUCGUGGACGUCGAUACGCGUUCACCUCGGAUGUGAGUGCACAAUGGGGCGGUGUUAAAUGAACUCGUGCUUUCAGGACGCGAGAAACAUGGUCGCGGGGCGCUUACGUGACGACGCAUCCCACUUUCACUCUCCUGUGGCUUGGUGAAAAUUGUCAGUGCAGGCCACGCUAGCCAUUUGGUUGCCACAUGCGGCAAGAUAUCGCGGAGCUCGCGUCUGGGGGCGGAGCGUUACAUUUCGUUUGUCUUCUCUGCUUUGGACUGGCCGUUCUUGUGCGCCGUGUGGGGCUCGGCGGGGCGCGCGCGACCGCCGUGUGAGGGCUGCUCAGGGUAGGAGGCAUUUGUGUCGUAUGUGCCUUGAUUUCUGUGCUCUUGGAUGGCUGGUCUAGUCCGCGAUCACCUACUGUGCGUGUAGUCUAGUCCGGACAUAUGUCGAGACCCUCUUUCGACGAUAGCACUGCCAUUUCCACUCGUGAUGUUUCCUUUCUCGUUUCUAAGUAAUGUGUUGCUUUGAUGUGUUUAUUUUAUCUGGUUUCCGGCCCAGUGUAUGUUCCAUAGAUAACUAAGUUGCACUGAGUCUGGUGUCCUGUCUAUACAGUCCGUUAUCGAACAGCAAAACAUGACUGCAUUUUAACCUGCCACAUAUGGGACUUUUUCAGAAAUGACCUAAAAGUAGGGGGAGUUUUCGGUUUACACCACCAUCGGAUUCCCUUACGACUACCUGAUGAGCUUGAUGAUGGUUCACACCUAGAGCCAAUUCUGUCUUUCGGUCAGUUUCAUGAAAAAAUAACUGCAUGUGGCGGGUCAGAGGUUCUGUACUGUGUAAGAGACAUGCUGCUAGACAACUUACAAUGACCGAGCAGUUUGUGGUCCCUUUUCACCGCGUUUGGUUUCACGUACGAUUCCUCCAGUCUUGACGACACCACUGUCUCCCGCGAUGUCGCACUUCGUCGCCACUGUUGUAGGUGAUGAGUUGAAUUAUGUUUUCAUUUCGUGCCGAGAAGGUGCAACCGUCACCUGCUGUCGGGCGACAUCUAUAAUUGCUGUCCCCUUUCUCAGACAUACUUGUUGCACGGCCCUUUUUCAUUUAGCCAGCUGUCUGUGUUGGAGUACCACUCACGUAGAAGUGACUGUUUUCGGAUGUUUGUUGAUGUGUUUCAGAUCAGUAAACCUGUCAUCCUGUGCCCUGUCAGUUGUGUUGCAUACGGUCCGAAAGGACUUCCAGCUCACUGUUGGAGGUCAUUUAAAUCGCAGAAACGCCAACGACCGUCAACUGCAAUCCAUAUAUAUAUAGAUAUAUAUAUAUAUAUAUAUAUAUAUAUAUAUAUAUAUAUGAUUUCGUAACGCCUUACACUGAUAAAGAAUUCCAAUCAAAGCAAAUGUUUCACCUUGAUGUGGGUUAGAUAUUUAAUAAACCAUUCAUGUAUGA